UGCAACCCUGGCUGUGCCCUUGAAGCUGUGCCCUUGAAGCUGUCCUCCGUCAGGUCUUUCAGCAGAUCCAAGGCAGCUUUCUUGGGCAACAGUCCUGCUCACACGUCUGCACCGGAACCAUGUGUGACCAGCAACAGAUUCCGUGUUGCCUGCCGCUCCCCCAGUGCUGUGUGAAGGGUUCCUCCUUCUUCCCCUCCCCGUACCCGUCUCCCCAGGGCCAGGUGGUAGUUCAAGGCCCUUGUGGGAUGCAAAUCAUGGAGUGCCCUGCACCAUGCCCAGUUCAAGUUUCCCAGGUGAAGGGCCAAGCUCCCUGCCAGUCCCAGACCAUUCAGGUGAACAGCCAGGCUUCCGGCCAGUCUCAGACCGCCAGCGUGAAGGGUCAGGCUCCAGGCCAGUCCCAGACCACGCAGGUGAUCAGCCAGGCUGCAUGCCAGCCUGAGGUUUGCUACGUGCAGUAUGGAGCCCCAUGCCCUGUUCAGACCUGCUUUGUAGAAUGUGCUCCAGCUUGUUAUACAGAAACUCGCUACGUGGAAUGUCCCGUCCAAACCUAUGUACCCUACCCAGCUCCCCAGCCUGUCCAGAGGUAUGUAGCGUACCCCUCAGCAUGCCAGACUCAAGGAAGAUUCUCCACCCAGUGCCAAUAUCAGGGCUCCUUCGGCAGCUGCGCCCCCCAGCGUCAGUCCCGGGCUUCAUGUCGCACUUAUGUACCCCCAUGCCAGAGCCAGGGCUCUUAUGGGGGCUUCCCCAUGCAGCGUCGCGCUAGGAGCACCAGCAGAUGCCUCCCUCCACGCCAGAUGAUGCGGCCUUCCUACCGCAGCUGCUCCCCACCCCGCCAGAUGCGGCCUUCUUACCAGAGCUACUCGCCACCCUGCCAGAUGCGGCCUUCCUACCGCAGCUGCUCCCCUCCACGGCGUUCCGAGCCCUACUACAGCAGCUGCGUGCCAUCAAGAUGUGAUUCGGGCUCCUACAACUACUGCACCCCACCCCGCCGCUCUGAGCCCAUCUAUCACAGCGGCGGUGCUCAGCGUCCCACUUCCAGCUGCUCCCAGAGACGUGGGCCCAGGUGCCGCAUAGAGAUUUCCUCGCCCUCCUGCCCCAGGCAGGUGCCCCCGCAGCGGUGUCCCGUUCAGAUCCCUCCCAUAGGACGCUGCUCUGAGAGUUGUGCUCCACGACCAUCCUGGGGGUCCUCCUGCCCGGAGCUGAGACCACGUCCCGAGCCGCGUCCACUCCCAAGCUUCUGCCCGCCCCGGAGUUUUGACCAAUGUCCAGAGCCGUCACUGCCGCGGGGCCCACGUCCUGCGCCGCGUCCAUCACGCCCAGCGCCGUGUGCGAGCCCGGAGCGCCGCUGGUGUUCUCCACCCCAGUGCUUUCCCGAGCCCUGCCUGUGUCCGGAACCAAGACCAGCCCCGCGUCCAGCCCCACGAUCUGGCCCAACGCGGUGUGAGUUUCCAGAGCCUUGUCGGGAGCCAAUUCCCCUCCCGCCACGCUGCUCAAGCCCAGAGCCCUGUGUGCAGCCUCAGCGCUGCCCCAGGCCCUGCUCAGGCCCAAAUCCAAUGCCGGGCUCCGGAGACCUCGGCUGUCAUGAGUCCCGCCCAGGCCGCCUAGACAUGGAGGCCCCCAGCUGCGGCCCAGCUGCUUAUACACAGUGCGGAGAGGGUGAUGCUAGCCAUGGACCUUGUGAUGUGUUCCCAGAGCCGCAGGGUCUGGGCGGUUAUGGAGACCAAGGAGGUGCCUCUGUUGGAGCGAAAGGCGGGAACUAUGCUGAAGUAAAGAGCGCCUACUUUUAAAGGAAGCGCGGCUGAAACAUCCCCGCCUCCUCCUGCCCUGACAACGCUGCUCCUCCUUUCCCAGCAGUCACCAUUGCCGUGCUCCUGUUUGCAAUGCUCCAAAGAUAGUCCGAGGCCCCCUGCUGCAGAGGCGACGUCCUUUGCAUGUCAUCACAGGACCCACACCUGCGUCUCAGACACCUCUGCAGCCUCACCUCACACUCCUCUCCCAUAAGCAUCCUCUGUUCCAGCCAGACCAGUCUCACAACCAGGGCACAUCUUGGGUGUUCCCCAGGACAUGCCUUAGCCAUCCCUGCCUCCAAGCCUCUGUCCAUUUCCCCCUGGACCACUUCUCCGCUACUCCCAGUAUCUGAAACCCAACCCAUCUUUCAAGACCUCUUCCUUGGAGCCUUUUCUGCUUUGUUCCUACUCUCAGAAGCCUGCGCUGACUUCCUAGAACGCACUGCAUCAUCCACACCAUCCAUUUGGCAAGUGCCUUGCAACAUCUCUUGAACUAUUUUAUUUUUCAGGUGUGUCUGUUGUCUGUCUGACCUGCCCAGCUAGAUUGUAAACUCCCAUUGGAGUGGAGUCAGAAUAUCCCUAAAGUCCCUUGCUUCUCCCAGGGCAGGCGGCUGCUCAUCAAGGUUUGUUGGUUGGCAGCUUGAGCCAUGAUCUGUCCUGAUGGGCAACCCCAAGCCUGGGACCAGAGGAGACCAUGUAACAAUAAAGGUGAUGCUACACUCGGA